CGAAACCAGCUGCUGCGUGCAAAAUAGACGGGAAAAGAUUUCCUCACGGUCAUGGCGACGGCUUCUGCGGCACCAGUUGUCCCCGCGAUCUCGCCCUCGAAGUCUACGAAAAUUUCAUCCAUGCCACAUUUCUCCUCGCAGCGCGUAGCUCCACUGACGCCCCAAUCCCGCGGGCUGCUCCGCCGGGAGAAUGGGCCGGCGGCAGAGGCGAAGAUCUGCAGGAGGGAGAUCGUGAAGGUGGCGGGGCUCCUCUGGGCGUUGUGGAAGCUUCCGGAAGAGGCGGAGGCGAGGGAAGUGGAGGUCGGGUCCUACUUGCCGCCCUCCUCCACCAACCCUUCCUUCGUUCUCUUCAAAGCGACCACCAAAGACACACCUGCUCUCCGUGCCGGGAAUGUUCAGCCCUACGAGUUCAUCCUGCCACCAACUUGGAAGCAACUGCGAGUGGCAAACAUCUUAUCCGGAAACUACUGCCAGCCCAAGUGUGCAGAGCCAUGGGUGGAGGUCAAGUUUGAAGAUGAGAAGCAGGGCAAGAUUCAGGUGGUGGCCUCACCACUGAUACGCCUCACUAACAAGCCUAAUGCCACCCUUGAAGACAUCGGCAGCCCGGAGAAGCUCAUUGCUUCUCUUGGCCCCUUUGUCACAGGCGACACUUUUGAUCCUGAUGAGCUCGUCGAGAGCUCGGUCGAGCAACGCAAUGGACAAACUUAUUACUCGUUCGUGCUCGAGACGCCCUACGCAUCCACCGGCACUCACAAUCUUGCAAAGGCUACUGCAAGGGGGAACACUGUAGUUCUGUUCGUUGCGAGCGCUAAUGACAAGCAAUGGCCAACAUCCCAGAAAAUUCUCAAAGAGAUUGUAGAUUCCUUCAACGUGUAACUUGUAAACAAGAGAGGGUCAAGAACAAAUUUGCCAUCAGAAUAACAUUGUAAAGUUCCAAAAUUAUCUGGAUAUUCUACUUCCAACAUUAUAUGCUCAA